GUCGGUUUUUCAGUAAACCAGUGGGCCUCAAUAUUUGAUCCAUCACAGGUGCGCGCCACUGGCGCGACGGGUACUAUACGUUUUGAAAAAAACAACUAACCUGCACCUUUAAAAAUGUCCCUGUCUUUUGUUGACUCUUGGCGCGUUCGGUACUGUAAUCUAUUGUGAAUUUAGCUGUGCAUACCUACAAUUUUUGAUCACGUGUUUUUGAAAUGGCGACUUUUACACACCACGAUAUUCACAGUCAAAGUAAAAAAGUGAUUUACCAGGUAUACGUUUUUUUUAAAAAAUUAUCCACUAUGGAAAAUUUAUCUGCUGAGUUUUUUAAAAAAACUCAAAAAAUUACUGCCGAAGCGUGUGGAAUAAGUGAACGAAGUAUACAAAAUAUUGUUGCUGAAGUAAAAAAAUAUGAAAACGAUGAUACACUAACACCAAGAAGCCUAUUCGUGUCACCGAGGAAAUCGUAUAAACGGAAGAAAGUCAUGAUAGAUAUUGACGAUUUCAAUGUUGACGUGGUCAGAAGAACUGUUCAUGAAUUUUAUGACCAAGGUAAAUAUCCAACAUCUCAAAAAAUUUGUGAAUCCAUGAGGAAAAAAAUUAACUUUGAAGGAUCAAAGUCAUCAGUACAGAGGAUUUUGCGCUCCUUGAACUUCAAAUACAAAAAGUGUUGUAAUGGACGUAAAUUUUUAAUGGAACGGAACGAUAUCGUGGCACUCCGAAACACAUUUUUGAGAAAAAUGUGUAAUUUACGUUCGAGUGGUUACACGAGACCUGUCAUUUAUUUAGAUGAGACUUGGGUGAACCAGAACCAUUCAAGAAACCAUAUUUGGCAAAACGAUAUGGAUAGCGAAGGAUUUAAAGUGCCAGCCGGUAAAGGCGGUCGUCUGAUUUUAUGCCAUGCUGGAGCAGCUAAAUUUGGAUUUAUAUGCGGCUCAAAAUUAAUUUUCUGGAGUAAAAAUGACGGUGACUACCACUCACAGAUGAAUAGUCAAAUAUUUCAUGACUGGUUUCAAAAUAUGCUGCAACUAUUGGACGAGCCAUGUGUCAUUGUUAUGGAUAAUGCACCAUAUCACAGCGUACUAGUGGAGAAUGUGCCGAAAUCAAAUACAAAAAAAUCCGAUGUUCGAAAGUGGCUAUCCGAAAAAGGCAUCGAUUUUUCUCCUACAGAAACCUUGGCGGAACUAAGAGAAAAAGUAAAAAUGGCAAAACCGCGUGAAAAACGAUACCAAUUGGACGAGUUGGCAUAUCAAAUGGGGCAUGAAGUGAUCAGACUUCCGCCUUAUCACUGCCAAUACAACCCGAUUGAACUAAUUUGGGCGCAGGUAAAAGGUGAAGUUGCAACCAAAAAUACGACAUUUAAAAUAGCCGACGUCGAAAAACUUAUGCACGAAGCCAUAGAUGCAGUUACCACAGAAAAUUGGGAAAAAUCUGUAAGACACGCAGAACAACUACAAAAUAAAGAUUUUGAAAAAGAAGGAUUCAGAGAUUGCAUAUUGGAACCCAUCAUUUUAACAAUCGACCCCAAUUGUAGCAGCAGUGAAGACGAAGACCACCUUUGA